ACUUUCACACUCACACACACACACACUGAGAUGAAUCCGGCUGCUCUCUCAUCUCUCGGACACCUCAAAUUCAUUUCUCUAACUGCACGAAGACGUUGCCAAAAAACAUCUGCAACCAGAAUCUAGCAGGAGGAUUGUAAUGAGAGAGAGAGAGAGAGAAAAAAAUGAAUCAUGCUUGAAUCCAGAAACUGUGAGUUUGGGACCGGUGUGUUGUCCAGCUGCUGUGGCGCUCAGGAGGAUGAUGUGAAGUUGUGAGUCAGAGGCGGAGGACCAGCAACUUUUAUAGACUUUCAAGUCCACCGCCUGCAAGUAGCCAGCAUCCCUAAUUUAGACUUGUUUUACUCAGGGACUGCGCAUCUGGAGAGCUUUGACAAUUAGACCAGUGCUUUUAGGUUAUGUGUUGUCGAGGGCGUCUUGAAGCGACAAGGAAAUGGCAUUUCUGGUUUUUGUGGCUCACAAUGGAGAAUAAAUGAAAGGGACGUUUCAGGGGGAUUAACUGACAGCACAACGACAGAAUGCAGGAGAGGGACCUACAGAGCAUGUGCAGAAGGGCGCUACUGCUGACCGUCUGUAUGGUGUCUCUCUGGGGACAACUGACCAGUGCAUCAUCACACAGAAGCCACAUAGUUCAUGUGAAAGCGGGAACCUGUGAGGUGAUUGCUGCACACCGAUGCUGCAACAAGAACAAGAUCGAAGAGAGAUCCCAGACUGUCAAAUGCUCCUGCUUCCCUGGACAGGUGGCGGGAACAACAAGAGCGGCUCCAUCUUGUGUAGACGCAUCCAUAGUUGCACAGAAGUGGUGGUGCCAGAUGCAUCCCUGCAUGGAUGGGGAAGAGUGUAAAGUGCUGCCAGAUCUCAAAGGAUGGAGCUGCAGUACAGGAAACAAAGUUAAGACAACCAAGGUCACACGAUAGUCGUCUGUUUCCAGGAUGAGCUUAUUUGGAACCAUACUUUUGUUUAUUUGACCAACACAGUAGGACACUUGGAUAUCAUGUGUUUUGAGGAUUAGUGGAAACCAGGGACCAACAAGGACAAAAAUCACGGACAUUCCACUGGAAGGAUGGAAGAAAAGGACCAGAGGACAUCAUAUAAGACUACAUAUCCAAAAAGAUUCCUGACUUUAGAUCCAGCAUCAACAGUAGCUGUCUCUGAACUCUACUGCCCACCAAAUCUCUCUUUGUAUUAUAGUUUUAUUCCUAUGGACUAGAAGACUCAACCAUGAAGAUAUUUAUUGACUAAAAAGACUGUGGAUUACACCAGAAAAAAAGAAAAAAAAUCACCCUUAAAACAAAAACCAUGUGAUGUGAAACUUUUGUGUUAUUUUCUUGCCACAGGACUCUUGAUGCAUAUCUGUGUUGAAGAUCUAGCGAGAUCAUAAGCAUUUUUAUUCCUUUUAGCCUUACGCUGCAGAUAUAUCUUCUGUUUCUUUUAUUUGUUGAAACUAUCAAGUGUUUGGCUUUUUAAAGUUUAUUAGGAUAUCAAGUCUUCUUUUCAAAGACAAAAGAUGAUGCCACAACAAUAAAAACCCAGAAAAAAAUGUAAUGUUUGACUACAUGUCACCAAGGGUCAACACAGCUGAGUUCUGCCAAAAUGUUUUAAUGGUAUCUGUUGUUUUCAAAGCCUGGUGACUACCACUGAUUACAAAUGUCGAUAUAAUCUCAAUAAAUCUAACUCAAUGGAUAUCACUGUUCAGUAAAAUCUGGGUUUUUACAGCCUGUGUUAAUGCUCUUUGUGUAUCACAUCACAAUUACUUGGAGGAGGAGUAGGUGAUCCCACAGCUAAUCAGUGUUCAUAAUGAAACUGAAAUGUAUGAUUCAGGAAAUGCAAAAAAUAGGCCAAAAAUACAAAGAGAAAAAUCUCAACACAUUGUUUGUUAAAAUGAACAGACUUCACAAAAAUCCGUCUGAAAUCUGGUCCAGAGGGAGACUGAUAAUU